GCGGAGGAGUGAAGUGGAGGUGGGGGGCGGGUUCGAGGCCUUGGCUCGGGCGGCAUCAGGGAGAGAGGCAACAGCAGCAGUAGCAGCAGCACAAGAAGUCGCCAUGUCGUGCAGCCGCUCGCACACGGAGAGCCGGGCCAUCCCCACGCGGAGGGUGCUGCUGAGCGACGCCUCUCAACUACCUCACGACUACUGCACCACGCCGGGCGGCACCUUCUUCUCCACCACGCCUGGGGGCACCCGCAUCAUCUACGACCGCAAGUUUCUGAUGGAGUGCCGCAACUCGCCGCUGGCGCGCACGCCGCCCCCGCUGCUGCCGCACAUCCCCGGCGUGACCAACCCCCGGAAGAGCUCCCCCACCGCCGUCGUCAACGCGGCCAACGCCGCCGCCAGCGCCGCGGCCAGCGCCGCGGCCGCCUCGCCCAACGCGGGCGGCCAGCAGGCGGCCACUCCGACCGCGUCGCCCACCAAGGCGGUGGCGGAGAACAACGUGGCCAACCACAGCGACAAGCCAGGGGAGGAUGCUCAAUUCGAGAUGGACAUCUAAAUGGAUGUCUCGCUGAAGAUCCCAGCUGUUCCACUCGACAGUUUCCACCGCGCUCGUCUGGCUUGCACCCCGUUUCAGUCGCCCCCGUGCAAGGCGAACCGAUGUUUUGUGUUCUAAGAAAAAAAAAUCAUGAAAAGUUGGCAUUAAAACGGACACGUUAUUAUAGUACUUUAGAAAGCAUGCUACUACUCCUGCGCUUAUAUUGUUGCCUUAAGGUAAUCGUGUCUGCUCUCUACUCUUUUUUUAAUCUAGUUUAUUCAACCGAGCAGACGAUUAAAGUCUACUUUUUAAUUUGAACCCAAAGUUUAAAGACAACUUGGCUUCGAAAGGAAAUGUGGCCAUGGUGCCGUGUCGGUUCUGGCGUGUAACGGUGCCAUCGCAAGUUUUGACUUUGAUUAAUUUUUUUGUUCUAAAAAAUGUGUCGCUCAAUCAUGGCAAUUGUUUUUUUUAUUGCUAUACAAAACGACCUCCAUGGAAUACGGCUGCAAAUGGACUUGGCGAAAUGUACGAUUGCGAAACUUUUUCGUAGUUGAUAUGGGCGCGUGUCCUUGGCUAACGUCCGUGCAGAGUCUCUCGCUUGCUCGGUUUCACCGUUUCCUAUCAAAAGCAUGGCGCUCGACUCGCAAACAAACUAAAGCCGGAACGAUUCUUUAUCGAAGUUUUUAAAAGGAGUGCAUUUCAGAAACGAACUCCCCUUUUUGAAGGUGUUAACUUCACAGUAAAUUUUUUUUUGGUUCGCCAAGUCCCAAGAUUGCCCCCCCCCCCCCCAUCUUACCCGAUGAAUCCACCCGAGACGCUUAAACGUUGACGUAACUUGGGGGUGGAGCUGUUCUCUUGCAAGCUCCUCGCAUCGCAGGAGCCGUCGUGCGGUGGGGAGGAGGAUGAUUCUGUGCCUCGUUGAGACUCCCAGUCCGGCAUCUUCCACAAAUCCUUCCUGAAAGGUCGGUUACUGUGCCUCGAUGCAGGACUCUUUUUGGAACGUGCUUGUUUUGGAUUUGGUUCCUGCGCUCGUUCCGCCUUGAUUUAAGCCCGGCAGGAACGAGCCUCUCUCCCCCUCGUGUCUUUGCAACGAUCGGCGGUGUGGAAUUGAGGACAUUUGAAGCCACCUGCCUCCCAACCAGCAUGGAGAAGUGUGCGCGAGCGUGCGCGCUCACAGAAGUUUCUAUCGAUAUUGUGGAUUUUUUUUACAGUUCAGUCAGUUAAUGUCAUUGCAAGUGGAGGUGCUAAAUGAUUUGUAUUUUUUUUUAUCUCGUAACCCCGGAACUUGGCUCUUACCGAGAGGUGCCGCGUGCCUUCACGCCCAAUGCAAAUUUUAAUUUAAAAAAUUGUGGCGCGUUCAGGCGACACGGGCUCGCGAAAUCUUUGGUUGAACGAAAUCCAACCCAGGUCAGGUGCCAUUGACGCGAGUUAAAUUGAAUUACCUGGUCAUAUUUCUCAGCCUCUUGUGACCAGUGGCCAAUCGGGGACUAAUCCUGGACUCGGUGGCAUCUUGGUCGCAGGAUGUCGUGGAUUCUCCCGUAACUUUGCGGCGUGAAUAUUUCUAAGCGGAAGUUUCAUUUCUGUCCAUGCGCGUCUGCGAAGUUGCAUGCUCGUGAAUUGCGAGUGGACGGGCCUCGCCAUCACGCGGUGGUGGCGUCGAGACGCCCCCCCCCGGGGAUCCCUUUGCGUCGGGUGAGUCCGCCGGCCUUUCCCGUUAGUCCGGAGGCGCCGGCUGCGAGCGCGCGUUGUGUUCCUAGCGAGCACCGGCCGGGGGGGGGGGGGGGGGUUGUCUUGGUGCGUUGCCAAUCCAUCCGUGCGACGGCGUGCUUCGCCGUGCCCGGUCCUCCGUAGAUGAGUUGCACGGAGGAAACCAACAACCGUCGUCUUCCUCUGCUAAGUCGACAGCAGCGCUGGCGACCUUGACCUUUGCCUCUCCGACGGGAGGGGCGGUGGGUCUGCCGCACAGGUCAAAGGGCACGUGGCGUGUGGCGGUGGCUCGUGCUCCUCGCCACAAUGAGGAGGAGGGGUUGCUGUCGUGCAAAUGCACUCCCUUAAAAAAAAAUUUGGAAGCAGCAAUUUUUUUUCUUGACUCUUGAAAAGUUAAUAAAACUUUUUUUAAACAGCGGUGCGUGCCAAAACGGCCCGGAAGGGUUGCGAGUCUGCGUGGAAUUUCUCAAGAUUCUGAACGCGUGCACCUGCAGCUUGCUGUAUGGGGGGGAAAAAGUGUUGGCUCUCUUCGGCUUAAACCGCAGCGACGCUCCCCGCUCCUCCCCUCGGUUCUUGGCUUUUGUUUUGGACUUCUCUCCGGAAAGGGAUGAGAUGAGGGCGAGGGACCGAUUUACUUUUGUUCCGUGGAGCCCGUGAGGGUGGGGUGGGGGAGUGUGUGGGUGGCAACAAAUGCCCUUGUUCAUACUGUGAUUGUGUUUGACUACCAGCCGGAGUCGCGUGCGAGAAGUUGAAAUUGUGCUUGCGUUGAGAUGAAUGGGAUGUGUACAGUUCACAUUUCUGAAAUUAAAGGUUACAACAAAAAGGUGAACAGCA